UUAAUUCAAAAAAUUAUAUAAGUAUAUAAUUGUAUAUCUUACAAUAAGAAAUGAGGAUUGGUUACUUCUGACAGAUCGGAUAUUAGAGUAAGAAAAAAUAUAGUCGUAAGUCUUAUAAUCGCAAAGUCACAGAUUAUAUAGUAAAUUAUACAUAAUAAAAUCAUUGACUUUUUGUGAGACACGCAAUUAUUUAAAUAUAUAAUGGGUAACUCGCAAGAUAAAAAUGUUUCAAAACAAAAGAAUGUGCUUCCUGCACAUAUCCAAAAUUUAAAUCUAACUACUACACUUCCUAAUAUCAUACCACCUCAUCCAUUUAUAACGGAAGACGAAUUUUUCAAAACAUGGUGCUCUUGGAAAAAUGAAUUCUUAACAUUCAAAAGAGUUUUGAAUAAAGAGAAUUUUAAUAAUCAGAAUAGAUUAGGAAAUUUGUUAUUAAAUUUAAUGGGUCCAAUUGGACAAAAUAUUUAUAGCACAUUUCAAUUUAAUUCUCUGAAUGAUAAAGAAAAUGUAGAUAUAUUACUUGAAAAAUUUGACGAAUAUUAUAUAUUUUCAGGAAGAAAAAAAUUAUCUUUAGAAAAUACAUAUGAAUAUAUAAACGACUUACAAUUUAUUAUCAAAGAAAAAAACAUUGACAAUGAACAAGAAUUAAUAAGGAAGAAAAUUUUAACAGAAAUCAAUGUAUAUCAAUUUAAUAAUGCUGCUAAACAUAUAAUUCCAACAUUUACAUUUUCUUCUGAUUUCAAUAAGUUAACAAUAAAGGAAAUUGCAUUCAUUUGGAAAUUAUACAUUGAUACUAAUAGUAGUUCAAAAAGCUGUAUACGUUGUGGAUCUAAUCAUAUUUCUAAAUGUCCAUCAUUGGGAAAACAAUGUGUAAAAUGUAAGGAAUGGAAUCAUUUUCCAAAAAGAUGUCCAAAAAAUUUUAUUACUAACUGUCAUUAUUGUGGAAGUGAUCAUAGAUAUAAAAAUUGUCCAGCUUAUAAUGAAAUUUGCACUAAAUGUCAGAAAUUACAUCAUUUUAGCUGGAAAUGUAAAUCUACAAAAAUUCUGCACUGUAAUUAUUGUGGUUUAACACAUAUUGCUUCUAGAUCCCAUUGCACAGCAAAAAAUAUCAUUUGCAAUAAUUGCAAAACAAUGGGUCAUAUUUCUUCAAAAUGCAAUAAAAAAUCAAAUAAAUAUCAUAAUAAUGAAAAAUAA